CACACAAUUGCAGCCAGGCAACACACACUGCCACUCGGCAGGACAGACACAGACGCAGCCAGGCGGUACGCGGCCUACCGCUAGAGGCUUUGGAGGGCCAGUUCAGUCGUGUCAUGAUGGAUCGAUCCAGGAUGACGGUGGAGGGCCACAGGGAGAAUGACAAGGAGGGGGAUGCUGGGGCUAGGAGGGAAGAGGUCGAGCAGAGCUUCAGGCUGGGCGCUCCGGUUAGCAGGGUGUUUAGGGAGGAGGAGGAGCGGAAGGAGGAGCCAGAGGAGGAGAACCAGUUCUCUGUCUCUAGACUAAGUGCUCUAGUUAGAAGGGUAUGCCAGAUCUUUGGGAUUGGAGGGGAGCAGGAGCAGGAGCUAGACUCUCUGGGGGAAGAGGUCUCUGGGAUGGGUUCUCUGGUCAGCAGGGGGCUCUCCUGGAUGUUUCCGGACACAGGCCGUCUCUUUCACAGCUCCACCCCCAGGAUCCUGCAGCAGGUCUGGGAAGGUACAGGAGUUCUGCAGCCCGCAGCUGGGGGAGGGGCUGGGAGUCUGCAGCCUGGAGCUGGGGGAGGAGCCAGCUCCAACUGGUCCAGUCAGGUUGUGAGGGAAAGUCAGGUGCUGUCGGUGGUCAAAGAUAGCCAGGUCUUCUCAUUGGUCAGAGAGAGUCACAUGUACUCCCUGGUCCAAGACAGUCAGGUGUUCUCUAUGGUCAGUGAGCUGCCGUUUGUGCAUCACAUCAGCACAGAGCUAACUCAAGACUUCGGGAUCAUUCACAAUAAGCUCACUCAGGUUCUACAGCCAGUGGAGUCAACUGGACUCCAGCAGAAAGAUAUUGACCUCAACAAAACACCAGAAAUAAAACUGCCCCUAGUCCACAACACUGUCCUCAGCACAGUACCGAGCCUGUACCCAGCCCACAACACCAUAGAAUUUGCAAAUAAACAGAGCACAGGUAAAGAAGUGGAUUGGAGAACAGAGGACCACAGUCCCAUCAGUGAACUGGCUUGUACAUCGGAGCAGGAGGGCAAAGAGGAGGCUCUAGCUAAGUCGGAGGAACAGAGUCCUGUCAGAGAACUGCAGUGUACAUCAGAGCACCAGGGCAGAGAAAAAUCUCUAGCUAAGUCUGAGGAACAGAGAACCAUCAGAGAAGUGGAGUCUACAUCGGCGCAGGAGGGCAGAGAGGAACCUCUACCUAAAUUGGAGGAACAGAGCCCCAUCAGAGACGUGGAGUCUACAUCGGCGCAGGAGGGCAGAGAGGAAGCUCUAGCUCAGUCGGAGGAACAGAGUCCCAUCAGAGAACUGCAGUGUACAUCAGAGCACGGGGGUGGAGAUGAAGCUCUAGCUAAGUCAGAAGAACCAAGUCCCAUCAGAGAAGUGGAGUCUACAUCGGAGCUGGAGGGCAGAGAGGAACCUCUACCUAAAUUGGAGGAACAGAGCCCCAUCAGAGAAGUGGAGUCGACAUCGGAGCUGGAGGGCAGAGAGGAAGCUCAAGCUAUGUCGGAGGAACAGAGCCCCAUCAGAGAACUAGAGUGUACAUCGGAGCUGGAGGGCAAAGAGGAAGCUCUAGCUAAGUCGGAAGAACCAAGUCCCAUCAGAGAACAGGAGUGUACAUUGGAGCAGGAGGGUGGAAAGGAAGCUCUAGCUAUGUCGGAGGAAUGGAGCCCCAUCAGAGAAGUGGAGUCUACAUCGGCGCAGGAGGUCAUAGAGGAAGCUCUAGCUAAGUCGGAGGAACAGAGUCCUGUCAGAGAACUGCAGUGUAUAUCAGAGCACGAGGGGGAGAUGAAGCUCUAGCUAAGUCGGAGGAACAGAGUCCUGUCAGAGAACUGCAGUGUAUAUCAGAGCACGAGGGGGAGAUGAAGCUCUAGCUAAGUCGGAGGAACAGAGUCCUGUCAGAGAACUGCAGUGUAUAUCAGAGCACGAGGGGGAGAUGAAGCUCUAGCUAAGUCGGAGGAACAGAGUCCUGUCAGAGAACUGCAGUGUAUAUCAGAGCACGAGGGGAGAUGAAGCUCUAGCUAAGUCGGAGGAACAGAGUCCUGUCAGAGAACUGCAGUGUAUAUCAGAGCACGAGGGGGAGAUGAAGCUCUAGCUAAGUCGGAGGAACAGAGUCCUGUCAGAGAACUGCAGUGUAUAUCAGAGCACGAGGGGGAGAUGAAGCUCUAGCUAAGUCGGAGGAACAGAGUCCUGUCAGAGAACUGCAGUGUAUAUCAGAGCACGAGGGGGAGAUGAAGCUCUAGCUAAGUCGGAGGAACAGAGUCCUGUCAGAGAACUGCAGUGUAUAUCAGAGCACGAGGGGGAGAUGAAGCUCUAGCUAAGUCAGAAGAACCAAGUCCCAUCAGAGAAGUGGAGUGUACAUCGGAGCAGGAGGGCAGAGAAGAAGCUCUACGUAAGUUGGAGGAACAGAGUCCUGUCAGAGAACUGCAGUGUACAUCAGAGCACGAGGGUGGAGAGGAAGCUCUAGCUAAGUCUGAGGAACCAAGUCCCAGCAGAGAACUGGCUUGUACAUUGGAGCAGGAGGUCAUAGAGGAAGCUCUAGCUCAGUCGGAGGAACAGUCCUGUCAGAGAACUGCAGUGUACAUCAGAGCACGGGGGUGGAGAUGAAGCUCUAGCUAAGUCAGAAGAACCAAGUCCCAUCAGAGAAGUGGAGUGUACAUCGGAGCAGGAGGGCAGAGAAGAAGCUCUACGUAAGUUGGAGGAACAGAGUCCUGUCAGAGAACUGCAGUGUACAUCAGAGCACGAGGGUGGAGAGGAAGCUCUAGCUAAGUCUGAGGAACCAAGUCCCAGCAGAGAACUGGCUUGUACAUUGGAGCAGGAGGUCAUAGAGGAAGCUCUAGCUCAGUCGGAGGAACAGUCCUGUCAGAGAACUGCAGUGUACAUCAGAGCACGGGGGUGGAGAUGAAGCUCUAGCUAAGUCAGAAGAACCAAGUCCCAUCAGAGAAGUGGAGUCUACAUCGGAGCUGGAGGGCAGAGAGGAACCUCUACCUAAAUUGGAGGAACAGAGCCCCAUCAGAGAAGUGGAGUCUACAUCGGCGCAGGAGGGCAGAGAGGAAGCUCUAGCUCAGUCGGAGGAACCAAGUCCCAGCAGAGAACUGGCUUGUACAUUGGAGCAGGAGGUCAUAGAGGAAGCUCUAGUUAAGUCGGAGGAACAGAGUCCCAUCAGAGAACUGCAGUGGACAUCAGAGCAUGAGGGUAGAGAGGAAGCUCUACCUAAGUUGGAGGAACAGAAUCCUGUCAGAGAACUGAAGUGUACAUCGGAGCUGGAGGCCAGAGAGGAAGCUCUAGCUCAGUCGGAGGAACAGAGUCCUGUCAGAGAACUGCAGUGUACAUCAGAGCACAAGGGCAAAGAAGAAGCUCAAGCUCUGUCGGAGGAACAGAGUCCCAUCAGAGAACUGCAGUGUACAUCAGAGCACGAGGGUGGAGAUGAAGUUCAAGCUCUGUCGGAGGAACAGAGUCCCAUCAGAGAACUGCAGUGUAUAUCAGAGCACGAGGGUGGAGAUGAAGUUCAAGCUCUGUCGGAGGAACAGUGUCCCAUCAGAGAAGUGGAGUGUACAUCCGAUCACGGGGGUGGAGAUGAAGAUCUAGCUAAGUCUGAGGAACAGAGUCCUGUCAGAGAACUGCAGUCCUCAUCAGAGCAUGAGGGCAGAGAGGAAGCUCUACCUAAGUUGGAGGUACAGAAUCCUGUCAGAGAAGUGGAGUGUUCAGCAGAGAACAAGGGUGGAGAUGAAGAUCUAGCUAAGUUGGAGGAACAGAGUCCCAUCAGAGAACUGGAGUGUACAUCAGAGAAUGAGGGUGGAGAGGAAGCUCUAUCUAAGUCAGAGGAACAGAGUAUAACCAAGAAGGCGUUGUGGCCAUCAAAGGACCAGAUCGAGAUUGUGGAGGACAAACAUUGUGUCACUUGUGGAGCAAAGAGCACCAAGUCACAGCCCCCUCCAUAGCAGCGUAACAACACCAGUUCCACAGGCCCAGAGAAUAUCUUUAUUCCUGGGCAUGGAAAUCAGAGGACUGAUGAUGUUCAGGUGUAUUAUGGGAGCCUGGUGGAGUUCCCAGAGGCUCUGGUUAAACACCAGUCCCUUCCCGUAUCCAACCUCCUGGGCUGUCUCCAGUCUGUCCUCCCCUCCGUCUUCACCUCACAGAGACUACUGGCUCUCUACUGGCUGGGCGUGGCUAACUGCAGCC